AUGUUCCAGGAUGCAGAUCAUGGCGCCUGGGAGGAUUACUGGAUUCCCCCAUCCUGUCUGGAUAUCUCUGGUGCGGACAUCCAUAUUUUCUCAAAGAGCGGCAGGGAUUCGAUCGGGGACCGCGCAGGAAUUCAUCAAGCAGUGCGAGACAGCCUCCAGCUUGGCACGACAGGCUGCGGGAUCGAGAAGCGGUGCAUCUUAGAGGGCGAGCUAUUGGUGUGGAACAGUGAAGUUGGCAGAAUUGAGCCGUUUUAUAAAAUUCGCCGUCACGUCCAACGAGCUGGACGUCAGAUUGGAACCGCUGGAGACUCCCCCAUCGCCGUGGGUGAGCGCCUUAUGAUCGUCUUGUACAAUGUCAUGCUGCUGGAUGACUUGGUCUACGCCCAACAGAGCCAAGAUAAGCGACGAGAUCUGCUUGAACAGCUGGUCCAUCGCAUCCCAGGCCAAGCCGAAGUUGGAUCCCGCCAAGUGAUACGAUUCUCAUCCACCGAUGCAGCUGAAAGUCUGCGCAAGGCAUUCUCUAACGCUAUAGCGCAGCGAUGGGAAGGGCUCGUUCUAAAGGUUGUCAUGAUCCCUGCUCGUCAUUCUGCCAGGACACAGCGUCCGACAAACUCAAGAAAGACAACAUUCCCGGCCUUGGCGACACAGCCGAUGUCGUUAUCCUUGAACUAUUUAUAG